GCGCUGGAGGCCGGCUGGGAGGCGCACAUCCGGCGGCUGCCCGGUACUUCAUAAAGCCGCUGUCGCCGCGGGCUGUCGCCGCGGUUUGCCUCUGCAGCAGCUCUGGGCUCUUCUCGGCUGCGGGAGCAGCUGCUCCAAUGCUCCAGGGUGGCCAUGGGCGCCCCGCACUGGUGGGACCAGUUGCAGGCUGGCAGCUCGGAGGUGGACUGGUGCGAGGACAACUACACCAUCGUGCCUGCUAUCGCCGAGUUCUACAACACGAUCAGCAAUGUCUUAUUUUUCAUUUUACCGCCCAUCUGCAUGUGCUUGUUUCGUCAGUAUGCAACAUGCUUCAACAGCGGCAUCUACUUAAUCUGGACUCUUUUAGUUGUAGUGGGAAUUGGAUCCGUCUACUUCCAUGCAACCCUUAGUUUCCUGGGUCAGAUGCUUGAUGAACUUGCAAUCCUUUGGGUUCUGAUGUGUGCUUUGGCCAUGUGGUUCCCCAGAAGGUAUCUACCAAAGAUCUUUCGGAAUGACCGGGGCAGGUUCAAGGUGGUGGUCUGUGUCCUGUCUGCAGUUACGACGUGCCUGGCAUUUGUCAAGCCUGCCAUCAACAACAUCUCUCUGAUGACCCUGGGAGUUCCUUGCACUGCACUGCUCAUCGCAGAGCUAAAGAGAUGUGACAACGUGCGUGUGUUUAAGCUGGGCCUCUUCUCGGGCCUCUGGUGGACCCUGGCCCUGUUCUGCUGGAUCAGUGACCGAGCUUUCUGCGAGCUGCUGUCGUCCUUCAACUUCCCCUACCUGCACUGCGUGUGGCACAUCCUCAUCUGCCUUGCUGCCUACCUGGGCUGUGUAUGCUUUGCCUACUUUGAUGCUGCCUCAGAGAUUCCUGAGCAAGGCCCUGUCAUCAAGUUCUGGCCUAGCGAGAAAUGGGCCUUCAUUGGUGUCCCCUACGUGUCCCUUCUGUGUGCCAACAAGAAAUCAUCAGUCAAGAUCACGUGAUGGCAAGGUGGUGGCUGGCUUCUCUGCUUAUCGCCCCUCAUGCAGUGGGCUUCCUUUGCUAGGAAGACAGCCAAGGGAUUUCGAAGAGUUGGGAUGUGGGCUAUCUUUUCAAAAAUCUGUUUGCUGAGGCUCUCACUAAUAUGUCUGUGGACCACCAGGAUUCCCCUGUGCAAGGGGAAAAGUGUCUAUUCCUUUCCCAAAGACGGAAAAUGGAGGGCUUAGGGACACUAGAUGCAUCUUUCUCAGCAUCGCUUCCAGAUGCAGUGACUUGUUGCGCUGCAUCCUUAAUGGCCAUGGCAGAGCAGUCCCUUGGGGGAUCCAGCCCUGUACAAUGCAUCUCGUCCUGGAGAAAGCUGGCCUGCUCCAGACCCCACCAUUCCCAGGCACCCUUGGAGUGGAUUCUACUGAUGACAGACAGACCCUCUGACAGACAAGACCCUCUGACUCUCUGAUGGAAGAUGCCAGAGAUUUUCCUUUGGAGUAAUUGUUCUUAAACAAAACCAAACAGAUGAAACACACACAGGACUUGUGGCUAAAAAAGGCUAGUUUUUCACUUGCAUUUCUCAACUAACAUGCAUCUGUGAAUCCUUUUACUACUACCUCUGUGGAGAGAUGGAGAGACUUCAGAUAAAGGUGAAGCUAAUGCGUAAAACCCUCUCUGCCAAAACCUACACUCCACUGUAGGCCAUUCUUGAAGAUGAGCACAGUUUUUAAAUACUGACAUCAUUUCCGCUUCCCCCUCCCACCCCAGCUCAGCAGCCUCAAAUCCACAGAGAAGAAGAAUUAUGGCAUGAACAUUCCCACAGACCCACCAUCUUUAAGACUUGACCGCCGUAAGUUUACCAAAAGGCUCCUCACAAUUGUGGUGGGGGUUCUGGUUCAAAAUUUGGAGCACACAUGAAGUUUUUGGAAACUUUUUCUCAUUUAAAGUCUCCAGUAUGCUGUACUGUUCUGGAAAUUACCUUCAAGAAUCUCACUUCUUGUUUCUGUUGUGUUUUCUGUGGGCAUCAUGUUAUUCACUCUUGCGGUAGAAGGUGCUUUCUGGGUUUCCCAGAGUAUCCAACGGCUCACUUUUCUCAAGUGCUGGCAGUAACCAUGCACUCACGGGCUAGUUUGGGCCGCUGAUGCAGCAGUGCAAAUCUGUUGCCUUCUGAAUUUUUCUCACCUAAUGUGACAUUGGCUACAAUGAAUCUUCUCUUCAUCGGGCUGAAUGCAAGAUUCAAGAACUGUCUUCAAGGUGCAUGGUGGGAAUUAUCAACCUCAGGGAUACUCAUUUUAACUCAGGCAUGUCCUGCUUUGUAACAUUCCGUUGUUGGGAGAGGGCAGGACAGGUGCAUUCUUGUGUGGGCAGGAGUCAUGUCACUGUCCUACAUAUGUAAGAGUUGGGAAGGUGAUGAUUUUUGGCACAUCCAGGAACUCUUACUCUAGUUAGAAUUUGUACAAGAUCCAAGGUGAAAACCCCAAUAAGCAACUGAAUUUAGAGUUUAAAAAUGAAUGACUUUAUGCUACAUCUGUGGUUAUCAAAUUAUGUAGCUUGUUCAAGAGCAGAACCCUGUUUGUAGUAAGAAAUCUUUGUGGAACCCCAGUGUGUGAAAUAAAUUGUAUUUUAUUAACUCAAAUUUAAGGU